CACUACUCCAGCCAUCUCUGGCCAAAUGAGCAUACAGUCCUCAACGCCGCAUUUGCCCCGCGAUCCUCGCUUAUAUAUCGAUCGGAUCCUACGUGCAACUGCCGAAUUUUCAAACUGGGACCCGCUGAAGAAGAUACAAGUGGGAGACUAUGGAACCGUCAAUCGGGAGACGGGCGUAUUUGAUAUAGAGGGAAAUGUUUACGAAGACUUUCUUGAUCCUGAUCAGAAGGGAUCAUAUCAGAGCAUCGUAGAGGAUCCCGAGGACUCGUACGUAGCAAACUCGAAAGAGGUGACGCGAAACGAUAUAGAUUCAAAAUCAGAUCCGGAUGUUCCUGGCCUCGCAGAGGCGUCUAUCAAAGGCGAAUGGGAGUUCCACGGUGACCGCGAUGCUCUACUCGUGAUGUAUCGCCCGCAGAAGACGAGCGUUCCAAGGUCGUUGCUCGACUAUUUAGAGGGCAACACCAUUUUUGAGGACAAAUCUGUCGUAACAAGUUUAUACUCGUGUUCCGGGUACUUCUUCUUCCUUGGCGACGGAAAGAAUCAAAAAGUCAAGCUUGGUUUACGCACUGAAGACGUUGAUGGCAAAGCCAGCACUGGAUGGUGGCAGGAACAUGACGGGGGUAUACACAAGUCAGGCUUCAACCCAGAUGGACACCCUAUCUUCGUUCCGCUCUUCAAUCUCAAGAUCAUCGCUGUGAUACGCACACGCUAUCGUGACAGCCCUAUUCCAAAACUUGAAGAUAGGUGGAUUACCAUGCCUCGACCCUGGAACAUACUACACGUAGAUGGAAAGGAAUGGGAGGAGACGGUCAGCAUGUCUCCAUCUUUUUUGUGA